CCCACGGAACGCGCUCGCCUCUUCGCCGACAACGCCGACAGCCUUGCACGCCGUCAUACAGUACGGGAAACUUUUCUGUGUCCCGUGAUUGCAUCAUAAAGCUCCAAAGUCAUGGGAAAAGAGAAAGAUAGACGUGCGAAAGGAGUGCAGCCAGCCGCCAGCAGUCGGGCGGCUGACCUCCUAUCGACGGGAGGGUUCGGAUUUGGUGGUGGAUUUGUAGGCCCCGCGUUCGGCUCUGGUAGUGACUGGGACUUGAGCAACAAGAACCCAGAAGUAAAGGUUUUAUUCAAGAAGUUGGCGAAACGAGACAACACAACCCGGUCGAAAGCUUUGGAGGACCUGUUGGCGUAUGUAGAGGAUUCAACAGUGGAGGAUUUGACCGAGAUCAUACCGGCCUGGGCCAAGAUUUAUACGCGAAUCAGCGGCGAUCCAGAUCGACGUGUGAGAGAAUUGACGGGUGCUGUCCAGCUGAAACUGGUCGGGAAAGUGAAAAAGCAGCUCGCGCCGCACCUCAAGCAGUUGAUUGGUCCUUGGUUAUGCGCACAGUAUGAUCCUGUACGAGAGGUGUCUCGGCCCGCGAAGGAAGCCUUUCAGACGGCGUUCGGCGCCAAAAGAGUCGAUGUUCUCAUCCACUGCAGCGCCGACAUAUUGGCCUACCUAUCCGAUGUGCUACUGGAGCAAACCCCCGAAACCCUGAGUGAUCCUCGCGUCACUUCACCAGAAGACAUGUUGGAGAGAUUCAAUCGGACGGUGUCAGCCGCGAUUCGUGUUCUCGCGGAAAUGGGAGAAACGCUACCGGCAGAUGCGUUUACUAGGGUAGAGGCGGAUCACGCACGGAUUCACCACGAAGGAAAGUUCUGGAAAUAUCUGAGGCACAAUUCGCCGAUAGUCCGCCGAGCACUCUACGUCUAUAUCAAGACAGGGAGCGUUGCUCGAACAGCUGCUUUCAAGGAAGACUUGACCACUAUUGCACCGACUUUCCUGAGGAGUGCGUUUGAUGACAAGGACAAAACUACGCACGGCGACUUAUGGAAUGCGGUCUUGACUUUCCUCAAGACUUUUCCGGAAGCCUGGAUGUUGGCGUCCGAGAAGAAGCCACUAUUUCCAAAGCUCUACACCUUCCUGCGGAACGGCUGCUACGGUUCUGCCUCAUUGUCGUAUCCCUGUCUGUUACCUCUUAUCGCCAUCGUCAAGAUACCUGAGGUUCCCGAAGUAGCGAACGACCUUUUGACCGCCAUCUGGGCUGGGCUAAGCAGCUCAAACAUCGAUAAGGCGAGCGUCCCGAUUCUCAUCGAAGCUUACUACGAGUGCGCCUCCUUCGCAGCUGCGAAAUCUACGCGGGUGGGAGAGGAUGGCGAAUAUUCGCCAGAAACGGAGCUGGGCGUGCUUAGACCGUUGAGCGCGUGGUUGCAUCCCACCGGUCAUCAAGAUGUCAGGAUCAAACUUCAAGAGGUUGACCUCGCCGGUACGAGUGCCAACCACAUCGUCAAGUUGGCACAAGACCGGAAUGUCUCUAGCGAAUCCUUGCAGCAGUUGAUAAAUCAAAUGCAUAACAUCCUCAAGCGGGGAAUCCAAGCGGAAGCAGAUCCAAAAAGUAGUCAGCGAUGUGUCGGUUUCCUCGAGAAGCUGUUCAAGCAGGCGAACGACGUGGAAGGCGGGGUUACGCUUGUUGCCGCGCUUCGUGACACACUCAACGAACUGGUGAUGGAUACCGUGAAAACCUUGGAGUCGGAUGUUCCCCCCGGCCAAAGCGCCGCACUUCUUAGGGAUCUGGCACAUUCUUCCCUAUCGGUUUUCGGCAAUGGCGACAACGCAACGAGAACGGCAAUGUUGGAUCUGAUUCAUCUGUCCUUACCUCGAAUAGCAGGCCAAGGGGAUCAAGCUUUGACCGAUGUUCUGGAAGCUGGGAUGGUGUUCAUUUGUACGCUACCGCCAGGCGAUACCGACUCCUUUCAAAUAGGCUGGGGUUCCAUGAUGGACGUGGUCUUGGGGUUGGAAAGUCCACGUCGACUACGGGCAUUGCGUAGCAUCGUGCAGAAGGUGGCGCAGUCUAAUACUUCCGGCGACUUUGCGGACGACCGGAUUAGCAAGGUCGUAGUUGAGGCUGUUAAACAACCACUGUCCGUCGAAAUAAAGGAGUUGGUUGACGCCAUCCUCGUUGCGGCACUCUCGAUUGAGGAGGCGAAGUUUUUGCGGCCGCACGCUAUCCGCGACAUUUUUGAGCACUUUGAGAAUGUCAUUGGCAGUGUCACUUCCGCCUUGCUGGUUGGACAGGGUCAUGGUGAUCACAGAGUUGAGGAGUCUCAAAUCGCCAGAGCUCUACAUGCACUCCGCAGCCUGCGACUUGUCCUCUCCAAUGGUUAUCGGUUGCCGUCUGUCGUCAAUAAAGCUAUCGCUGGAAUCAUUGCCAAUCUGCUACCGCUGGGUCACUUCCAGCCAGAAGAUGUGGCUUUUCGAGUUACUGCAGACGCACCAACCGCCAACAGCGCUCUGGAGGAUUUGCGAUCUGCUGCUACUGAGCUGUGGGAAGUGGACGGUUUGGUGCUCGUACAAGAGGACGGCCUUGCUACGCAGUUCUUAGACGCUGCGAUCGCAAAAUGGAAGGCUUUGCUGCUGGAUGUUACUUAUAUCGGCCGGGCGGAAGACAUAGUCGAGUACAUGCAAGACAUCUGGCUCUUGUGCAAAGACAACGAGUCUCGCAAGCGAGAGAUCUUUCUGGCAGCACUGCCAAAUCAAAAUGAAUGGCUGGCACUUAGCAAAUCAUUCCAAAACAGCAGUGUUCUACUGAGGAUCGUGGAUCCUUUGAAGGUCUCGGGCGAAGAAGCUGUCUCGAGCAGUUCACCUGACUUGCAAUUGGAUCACCAUGACCUGACCGUAUAUGCGCGCGUCACAGCGGUUGCGGCUCGGAUUCUGAGUUCCUAUGCCACUCACAUUCCCCGACAAAGUACCGAUGAAAAGCUCACACACGCCAUCGUUGAGCUACUACGGGCGAAAACGCUUUGCCGCAAUAUGACUUUGCUGAGAAUCAGUCACCCGUGGGGACCUUACGCUUCUCCGCCAUACGUGGAUACGGAGAAAGACGUUACCGAGAUCAUUACUGCUUUAGGCGAUUUCGACUUCGGGAACUUGAGCUGGCAUGAAACUUUAACAAAGGAGCUUCUUGGGACAUCGACCGAAUCGUCGCUCGACCUUGUGCAGUCUCUAAUCAUCUAUGCGUACAGAGCCAGCCUUUCAGCGGAUGGGGACGGCUAUCUUGGAGCCGCAACGCUGGUCCUGGAGUCAGUGUUCGAUUCAUCGACUGUAGCAGAGGCCGCUGCCGAUCACUGGCUUGCAUUUGUUGUUCGAGAAUCCCAAGGGCCUACGAGCGGCAGUUUGACAAAGCUCGUCAUUGGCGGCAUUGUAUCGAAGGCUUCUUUGGAGGCUCUGAAGAAACGUGCACUGGAGCUGGCACAAAUACUGAUGAAAGCUGAUACAAGUACAUUCCCUUCGGUUGUCGAGCGCACCCUACCUCUCCUCAACAACCUACUGGGAUUGUAUGCUCGGGCCGAUGACGACGUGGAAGCCGGGAACGUUUGCAAGUUGUUGACCAACGGUCCUGCAUUGGAACUCGUUAGACGACUUAGGUGGUGGUAUGACCAGGCUGCGGUACGAGAAAAUCUGAACGCACAGCACAAUGUUCACCGUCACGUCGCCGUGUUACUCCGAGGCAUUGUCGCGGAAGUCGAUGUCGGGAUCAAUCUUGGUGGCUUCAUCGUCGAGUGGUACAGCAACCUCAUUCACUCGUUGAAGUCGGACGAUGAGCAGACGUCUGUAACGCUGUUCAACGCGCUGCUACUUCAUGGCAUGCUGCUCACGAAACGUAAUGUGUACCCUGACACGUAUAAAACCCUGGAAAGCGUCGAAGAGAGCAUACGAAGCGCACAUCUCAAACUGUUCCUUCAAGAGGCGGAAUACGGUCACAUGCCCAUAGCAGAACCACGCAUACGCUUGCAGAACCUAUUACGGGAUGAGGUGUUGUCGGUCAAAGCCAAGAAACUUGUGGACCACCAGGCUGCUGAUGCGUUGUACAAGAUGCUCUUCAUCGCCAGUUCCGGGAUGCAAACGGCGGCAUAUGUCCUUCUGCGUCGCUUGAACAUUGACCUCGUGCAGACGACAUCACUCCGGAUUGAAAUGAAAGGAACUAUCCAGCGCGACGAAAUUGAUUCGGAAAUGCCUAUUGGAACCGAGAUGCUACCCACUCCUAUCUUGACCGCUUUUGCCAAAGACAUUCCGGAAAUGGUGCAUGAUGGGGAAGACCUCGACACUCAUAGUGAUGCAGUCACGGUAAAUAUGUCAGAUUGCCGCACAGUUCCAAACAAUCCUCGCAUUCACCAUGCACGAUGAUUUCAGGCCAGAUUCGAUUUGUUGGGGCUGUUCCUCAAUGCCAUGGUUAUGUUCGAUCAUUUGCAGGAUUCGACGUACGAGCUGAAGAUGAUGUACAUUGCGCAAGUACGGAGUGCCAAUGUGAUCCCCAAGCUACUCGAGCACAUCUUUAUCGUUCUGGGCGUCGGAUGGUCAAGAUCACCA